GUGUUCUCUCCGCUCAGCAUAUUGGCUUUGAGACUUAGAACCAUGGAGACCAGGUGAGCACGACUUGAACACGGUGAAGCCGUGCUUCAUGUUUCUCUUGGCCUGGCUCCUCUUCCUCGGUGCCGAUGCACAGACCUGCCUGCCCGAUGCCAUUCCCAGGGAGCAACGACAGAACAUUUCCAUGAAUGGUGUGUCCAUGCCCAUUGGCAUUACCUUCGGCGAUUGGGAUUCGGCGAAGGUGAUGGGGGAGGUCUAUGGUAUUUUGACCUCCGAAGUCUUGGGCUAUCACACUCAGAAGCAAUUGCGCGCAGGCAGCAGUGACAAUCUCCACUGCUUAGGAGGUUGUCCGGUCACCGCGGGACUGUUGGAGAACUGCACUUGGCCGCCUCUUUGCCACGUUGCCUUGGAGAACUGGGAGGGAUCAUUUGCAUCGACAUCCUGGCUUCAGAAAGAGGAAGCUUUGGGCGAGCGACGCCCAAAGAAUUUGGGCAGUUUGGGCUACUUGGGUAUCGAUGGCCUGUAUGUCCUGGGCAUUGCACGACGCAAGAGCCGGGCCGACACAGGCAUCCACAUGAGUUACUAUGGCAAUCUCAAUGCUUCGUGGUUCCACCCAGAGAAGUAUGCGGCCAACAUCAGUGAGGUGGAUUUGAACGAUCUUGCCACAUGCGCAGACGGUGUGGAUCUCGGCUAUCCUUUGACUGCAGAGAUCUACUUGGCCAUCACCGGGGAUUCCCUGGGCGUUCGAACCGAUCCAGCCUCCGGCCGGAUCAUGAUGAAUUGCUGGCAAGAAAAGUGGUUCUUAUCUGCAGCAUGCCGAGAUGUACCAUCAAGUUGUAUUGCUGCGGUGACUGCUGGUCAGGGAUGGGGCAUACGAGAAAUGAGUCAGCAGGCAUUCUUCCACAACAUGCCACUGGCGUUUGCUACCGCUGCAGACUAUGCCACCUAUUUGAGGAUCAACAAGGAUCUCCAGUCCAUGGCCUAUUGGUGGAGUCCAGACUCAUCAUUUGUGCUCUAUGAGCCCGCUUUGGUGGAGCUUCCUCCAUAUAGCAAAUCUGAGUACAAGCAGAACCUGUUCCAGUCCCAGAACGAAGCUUCCGUGCUCGCCACGCACGUGGCGGCCGGCUUUGACCUUGCAGCCGAUCGAGCCUAUGGCCUGGCACGGAACGUGCGGAUCUCCGACAGCGACAUGCAAGCCUUGCUUUUGAUUCUCGCGCAGACGGCUGCCAGUGACUACUGGGGUACGGCCUGUACAUGGCUCCAAGCGAACCGGAACUUCUGGGCGGAAUGGAUUCCGGACAAGACGGUGUGCUCCAUCGGUAAGGGCCUGGUGAACUUGCAAGGGGACUUCGUGAUGUCCCGGGCGGACGCCGUGGACUGCGCGAUUUGUCCUGCGGGACGUACUUCGCUCAAGUCCAUGGAGACUCGCAUUUGCCGUCCCUGUGCACCCGGCAGCUUCCAGAACACCUUCGGAUCCUCCGAAUGCCGCCUGUGCGAGCUGGGGACCAUCGCCCAGGCCGAUGGCGCCACACGGUGUGAGCCCUGUGGCCUGGGAGAAUACGCCAACAGCAGCGGCAUGAGCAGCUGCUACCGGUGUGGCAGUGGCAGUGGCCAGGAGAGUUGGUGGACGACGAGUCAGGAAGUCACCUCCGAGGGGAAGCUGGUGGUGAUUCAGUUGCAGGGCGCCACCUCGCAGUCUUUUUGCCGCUGUGAUCGUGGCAGCUUCCUGUGGCAGGGCCGGUGUGAGGAGUGCUCCGAAGGCUCCAGUUGUCCUGGUGCCAAUCGCUUAGAGCUGCUGCCCGGCUACUUCUCCAAGCCUUCGGCACCUCUGGAGGUCUACAACUGCUUUGACCAACGGAUUUGCCCAGGCGGCCCACCGGGAACCUGCGCGGCCAACCGCGAUGAGUCGGGCUUUGCCUGUGUGAACUGCAAGGAGGGCUUCCGCGAAGGGAGCGACCGGCAAUGCGAGCUGUGCACCGAUGGCGACUUUUUCUUUUUUGCCUUGGUCAUCGUCCUGCUGCUAGGUGCAGUGGCAUUCUUGUAUUUGAUGCUGCUUUAUGAGUCCAUCUCGAAGCAGCCCAGCUCCAUGUUGGUCAUCGCUUCGGGCUUUCAGCAACUCAUCACCAUGGUCCAGAUCCUCUCAGUGCUGCGCCGCUUCGAGAUUGAUUGGCGAGAGCCCUUCGCGAGCAUUUUGGUCUUUCUAGAGGUCCUCAGCGUUGAUCUUGACAUGCUCUCGAUCAGCUGCGUGGCCACUCUCAGCUCUGUGGCUUUGUUCAGCUUCCGGGCUUUGUUGAUCCCGCUGUUAAUGUUAGUGGCGUUGAUCGUGCACCUGUGCUACCUUUGCUGGUCCCGGUCCCGCAACUUCAGGUGGAGCAACUUGCUCAGGACCGCUGGGAGCAUCUUCUUAAUCUUCUUCAUCGUGCUCUUCUCGAUGCUGCUGGCACCCUUCCAGUGCAACAGCCAUCCCAACGGCGCCUACACCGUCAAGCGCUACAAGACGGUGUUCUGUGAUGGCGAAAGCGAGCACGUGACCAUGUUUGUCAUCGGCGGCUUCUCUUGCCUCAUGCCCAUCUUCUUCUUGGCGGUUUGCACUUGGAUCGUCACAGUGGAACUCCCACGGAGAGUGGCCAGGUCGGAUGCGCAGUUCUUGAGUUCAUGCUCGUUCCUCACGAAGCGCUUUCGUCCCGGCAUGGAGAUCGCCUCGGUGUUCUUUCUGAUCCGAAAUGCUUUGGUGGUGAUGUGUCCCCUGGUCACCAGCACACCUGGCCAGCUGCUGAUGAUGAGCAUUAUUUUAUACAUCAAUCUCACCCUGGUGGCCUACUACAAGCCCUGGCGCUUCACGAUCUGCAACUGGUUGGACAACUUCCUUCUGGGCGGCAUGCUGGUGAUUCUCGACAUGGGCUCCAUUUCGGUGAAGGACUCGGAUCCACAAGUGACGAUCCUGGUGGUGAUGCUUUUUCUAUCCAUGAUGAUUGCAUCCAUUCUGGGGACCAUGGGCCUGGGGAUGUACCGAUACUUCCAGCAGAAGUACCAGAAACAGUUCCGCUACUUCUUGUGCCAUCAGAAGAAUGCCACAGGAUCGAUGGCCAGGCUUCUGAAGAUGGAGCUCGAGCUACGGUUGCCCAAGACGAAGACCUUCAUCGACUGUGAUGACCUCAAUGACCUCACUCGGCUCUUCAGCUAUGUGGGCCAGGAUACGGAGACGUUCCUGGUGCUGUGUAGCCCAGCGAUUCUCACACGGAAGUGGUGCGUGGGCGAGAUGGUCACUGCUAGAGCCAAUGGAGUCCACACCUUGCUGCUUACUUGGCCCCAGUUCAUCAAGCCGGAUGAGAACUUCAUUGAAAACUAUCCCAGGAUCGUCCCGGACAUCAAUGAGCUUACAAAGUACGGCAUCAGCAUGGAGGAUGUCGCGGAGACCUUUCGAUGGCUUAACGAGCGAGACUGCCAAACCAUGCCUGAGAACAUCACACCCACCACGUCGCAUGCCAUGGUCUCUGACCUCGUGGCUGCCAGCCGAACGUCCGGUGGCAGAAAAAGUCGACCGCUACGUGGUCCCUCGCACUUCACGGAGCUGACCACGAACUUCCCGGUGCUGGUCGAUCCGCAGGACACCGAGGCGAUGGCCACUGCCUUGGUGCUUUUAUCUUUGUUGAAGCCACGCUUGCUGGGCACCAGUUUGCCACUUCCUUCAGUGCUACCGGCGGGCAAGGAGGUGUCGGAGAAGGCGCUACUCUCCAUGGUGAUUUGCAGCAAUCAGUGCUUUAAGUCCGAGCACAUUCAGAAGUGGCUGUUGCAAGCCUGCCGCCGGCCUGAGUGCUGUAUGAUACCGGUCAUUGCCGAGGACGCCUUCCUCCUGCCAACGGCGCCCUUCUUCGCCGAGCUGCGGGCCGCGGCGGUGCUCGAGGAGUCGCAGUUGAUGCUUUAUGUGAUGGUUAUCGGCGCCUUGUUCCAAGAGAUCGCGGUGGUUUUCGUCCCGCAGAACUACUCCUCCACCCAGCAAGACCUGGAACUGCGUGCUGAUCAGGCGGCUUUGAGACUCAUGGCGGAGCUUCAGCCCUUGGCCGUCAAGCUGGGGAAGCUCGAAACAAGGUUGUCAGCCAGAGGAGAAGGCGGAGCUAAGUCCAUUGAUGCAGAGGUGGCAGCGCUCUUGGUUGAAGAGCGUCCAGCCGAGGAUGGCAGCAGGCACAAGGAGGUUGGUCCUCCAGCUCUUGAGCACUUGAGCAAGGACGAUGAUUACUUAGUGGACUUUCCACCUGCGCCAGUCGUCGCUGAGAAGCUUUGAACAGCGCCAGUCGUCGUCGAUGCGGGGACUGCCUCCUGCACAGAAUCUUGAAGCAGG